UUAGGGUUCUUGGGCGCGAUGGACGACGUCGUCUUCAGCUGUGUGUGCUGUGGCGCGCUUCUCAAUCUCGAUCCUUCCAACGUCUACCCUGCCGAUACGUAUUUCGAGGCCGGGAACAAGGGGACGAUCUCCUUCACCGCCAUCGACGACACGAAAUUCAGGCAAGAGCGCGACAAGAGGAUUUUCCCCUUCUUCGAGACGAUCGAUCACUGGGGGAUCCAGCGCGACCGGAUCAAGCUGUUGUGCAUUUCUUGCGGGAAGCUCGUUGGCUACAUUUACAAAGAUGGGCCGGCCAUCACCGACAAUCCAACAGGGCAGUAUGGAUUUGGGCCGAGCCAAGUAGUUCCUCGACUUCCAAGGUAUCGACUCAAGAUCAAAGCUUUGCAUCAAUCCAGGGCCGGAGCAGCAGCACAGCAAGGAAAGUAGCUCUAGAGAAAUCGUUAUAGCUCUUCGAAACUUCCAGGGAGAACUUCGGUGAUCUUCACUUUGUGGUGCUGGUGAUGAUCAAGGCUAUUUGGAAACUUACUUUGGCUUGAAGAGAGAUCUUUGGCCGACGCAUUAGAAACUUCCUGUAGAGGUCCAGGAAGAGCUUUGGUGAUCUUCAGUCCAAGAGAAGUCUCCUCUAAAGCUGGAGAAAGAAGAGAUCAGUUCCAUGCCCGUCCUGAACGAGAAUCUCAAACCUGGUGGUGAUAGGGGCGA